AUGACCACCACGUCACAAGCCUACUCGGUCGGUACACUGAAUCGUGUGCGCGAGCAAAAUCGACGCAGUUCCCGUGAACACUGCCAUCGUGAUGCACGGUGUUUCGCUUUUGAGGACUACAUCAGAUCCACCAACACAACACAGAAGCUCAAAUUUGCCGCUAUCUACGGGCGAGUCAACUCGGAGGACGACAUUUUAUUGUCGAUUCACAUCUUCUAA